GCAGUCUGUCAGUGCAGGAGGGGGACACCAUGGGGAAGGGUAUCUACAUUAAUAAAGGGGCUGCUAUUGGGGGGGUCUUCGUUGCUGCGGCAGCCCUCUCCACCAUCAUUGCUUUGUCUGUGGUCUACUCUCAGGAACGCUCCAAAACCAACGGAAGCAACGAUGCAGGCACCACUGGCCCCACCAACGCCCCCCCCACACAAGCGCCAUCCAACGAGCCCUGGGACAAGUACCGGCUGCCCACCAACUUGGUGCCGGACAACUACCAUGUGAUGCUGUGGCCUCGGCUGAAACCAGAUCCAGAGUCUGGACUUUACAUCUUCACUGGUGAAUCCACUGUGGAGUUUGAUUGCGUGGAGGAAACUGAUCUGAUUCUCAUCCACUCCAACAAGCUAAACUACACAAAACUGGAAAAUGGUCACUUGGCCAGUCUCACCUCACCCGCUGGGACAGCACCCUCCAUCACUGAGUCCAGGAUCCAGACAGUCACUCAGUAUUUGGUCCUCCGGCUGAACAGUAAACUGCUGAAAGGCCAGCGGUACCAACUUUACACCAAAUUCACAGGAGAGCUGGCUGAUGACCUGGGAGGUUUCUACAGGAGCGAGUACUUUGAAGGCACAGAAAAGAAAGUUAUUGCAACCACACAGAUGCAGCCAACCGAUGCCAGAAAGUCCUUCCCCUGCUUUGAUGAGCCGGCCAUGAAGGCUUAUUUCGACAUCACGCUGAGGCACGACUUUGGCACUGUGGCUCUGUCCAACGGUGAAGCAACCGGUACAACCAAUGUUACCUCCGAUGGGGUUACUGUGCAGCAGACGGUUUUUGCGAGAACUGAGAAGAUGUCCACCUAUCUGUUGGCGUUCAUUGUCUGUGACUAUGACUUCAUUCACAGCAACGCUAAUGGAGUUUUGAUCCGCAUAUUUGCUCGCAAGCCCGCCAUUGCUGCCGGCCAAGGGGACUACGCCCUGAACAUAACCGGUCCCAUCUUAACAUUCUUUGAAGGUUACUACAACUCCAGCUACCCCUUGCCUAAGUCUGAUCAGAUAGCUAUUCCAGAUUUUAAUGCUGGUGCCAUGGAGAACUGGGGUCUGAUCACAUACCGAGAGACAGCGCUUCUGUACGACGAAGCAUUCUCCUCUAACUCCAACAAGGAAAGGAUAGCAACCAUCAUUGCUCAUGAGCUGGCUCACAUGUGGUUUGGUAACCUGGUCACGCUGCGCUGGUGGAACGAUUUGUGGCUGAAUGAAGGGUUUGCGUCAUAUGUUGAGUACUUGGGGGCAAACCGUGCCGAGCCCGGCUGGAAUGUGGCAGACCUGAUAGUACUGAACGACGUCCACAGAGUUUUUGCCGUUGAUGCUCUGGCGUCUUCUCACCCUCUGUCCUCUAAAGAGGAGGACAUCCAGAAACCAGAGCAGAUCAGUGAGCUGUUUGAUUCCAUCACAUACAGCAAGGGAGCCUCUGUCCUCCGGAUGCUGUCAGACUUCCUGACUGAAGAUGUUUUCACCAAAGGGCUUCAGACCUACCUGAAGGAGUUUGCUUUUGGAAGCACCGUCUACACAGACCUGUGGAAGCAUCUGCAAACUGCUGCGGAAGACAAUAAAGUAGACCUCCCCACCAACAUUGACACCAUCAUGAACACCUGGGUGCUGCAGAUGGGUUUUCCCGUGGUCACCAUCGACACGACGACCGGCACCAUUUCCCAGCAACACUUUCUGCUUGAUCCAGAUUCUGUGUCCCCUCCUUCAUCCCCCUUCAACUAUGAGUGGAUUGUUCCCAUCAGGUGGAUAAAGACAGGGGUAGUUCAGCCCCCCAAGUGGCUGCAGAAAAAAUCAGACACCAUAGCUGAGAUGCAGACAACAGGUGCCGACUGGGUGCUGGCCAACCUGAAUGUAGUGGGAUACUACAGGGUCAACUAUGACUCAAACAACUGGAACAAGCUGCUGGGUGUUCUCAGCACCAGCCAUACGACCAUCCCAGUGAUCAACAGAGCCCAGCUGGUGGAUGACUCCUUCAAUUUGGCCAGAGCAAAGAUCAUCCCAACAGUUCAGGCUCUUGAAACCACCAAAUACCUGAACCUGGAGAGGGACUACAUGCCAUGGCAAUCGGCCAUCAACAACCUGAACUUUUUCUACCUGAUGUUUGAUCGCACUGAGGUCUACGGCCCCAUGCAGACUUACCUGAACCAAAAGGUUACUCCAUUGUUUGAACACUUCAAGACGGUAACAGAAAACUGGAUCAAGGUUCCAGAUGAUCACUUGGACCAAUACAACCAAGUGAACGCCAUCAGCAUGGCAUGCAAGACAGGCUUGACUGAGUGCACAGACCUGGUCAAGACUUGGUUCUCCAACUGGAUGACCACCGACGUCAACAGCAUCCACCCCAACCUGCGCUCCACUGUAUACUGUAAUGCCAUCGCAGCAGGCGGCGCUAAUGAGUGGGACUUUGCCUGGAAUAAAUUUAAAGAAGCAACUAUUGCCAUUGAAGCGGAUAAACUUCGAGCUGCACUGGCCUGCACCAAAGAACCCUGGCUCCUGAACAGGUACCUGGAGUACACUCUGGACCCUGAAAAGAUUCGCAAGCAGGAUGCUACCUCCACCAUCGUCUACAUCGCCAGAAAUGUGAUUGGUCAGUCUCUGGCAUGGGACUUUAUAAGGGCUCACUGGUCAUACAUCUUUAAUGAGUAUGGUGGAGGCUCGUUUUCCUUCUCAAACCUUAUUAGUGGAGUCACUGAACGCUUUUCCACUGAAUUUGAACUUCAGCAGCUGAGGCAGUUCAAGGAGGACAAUGCGGGAGUUGGGUUUGGCUCAGGAACGCUAGCAGUGGACCAGGCUAUGGAAAGAACCCAAGCAAACAUAAAAUGGGUCGCAGAAAACAAGAAUAAUGUUCUUGACUGGUUAACAAGUCCAUCUGCAUUUUAAAUUAAACCCUUUUUCCUUGUUUUUCCUAGAUUUAUAUGGAUUUGCUAUAAUCCUAGAACAAAUUUUUUAACGUUGUCACAUUAAACACAAAUUGUCUUUGUACAUUUUGUUUUGUAAUUUAUUUAAAAAAAAGAAACAAUAUCAUUUAUGAAUUAACAUUUUUAAAACUCAUUUAACAUCAAAUAAGAAUUUAUAUAAAAAAUGUAAAUCUUUUAUUGAUUUUUAUCCUUAAAAAUUCAUUAUUUUUUUUAAUGAAUUAUGAAAGCAGUCAUUAAGUAUUUAUUGAUUAGCACUGUUCUGGUUAUGACCGCUGUUUUUAUAAUAUUAUUAUGAAAGAUUUGCAUGAUGCAUAUAGAGAAACACGCGUCAUUUAUUCAAACAAUUUGGUUUUGAAAAAAACACUAGACCUGUGGCAGCCUGAACCCGAAUCUUUUUAAUAUUAUUGUUUGUUUUGUCUUGUAAUCAUAAAGGAGAAGAUAUUUAAAGUGAUGUCUUUCAGCUAUUGUAUAUCAUGUUUCAUACAUUUUUGUACAAUAAAUACACUGGUCUUUUGAAACAAUGCUUGAAACAUAGUAAAAGUUUAACUCUAAGAUAAAGUACAAUAAAGGUUUUGUUGUAAUGUG